CAAAUUGACAGACAGUGACGUCUUUUUAGGCAGUGACAGACAGUAUCCUCAGUCAAUGGGAAGAGCUUGGAAAUUCUUCAGUUCUCCCAAGAAGGCACCCAAGAAGGCCAAGAGAAGGGCAGCAGAGGGCGGAAGCUCCAAUGUCUUCUCAAUGUUUGACCAGACUCAGAUCCAGGAGUUCAAGGAGGCCUUCACAGUAAUUGACCAGAACCGUGAUGGCAUUAUUGACAAGGAAGACCUGCGGGACACCUUUGCAGCCAUGGGGCGCCUCAAUGUGAAGAAUGAGGAGUUGGAUGCCAUGAUGAAGGAAGCCAGCGGUCCCAUCAACUUCACUGUCUUCCUGACCAUGUUUGGGGAGAAGCUCAAAGGUGCUGACCCUGAGGACGUGAUCACUGGAGCCUUUAAAGUCCUGGACCCUGAGGGGAAGGGAACUAUCAAGAAGCAGUUCUUGGAGGAGCUACUUACCACCCAGUGUGACCGCUUCUCCCAGGAAGAAAUUAAGAACAUGUGGGCAGCCUUCCCUCCUGACGUGGGGGGCAACGUAGACUACAAGAAUAUCUGCUACGUCAUCACACAUGGUGAUGCCAAGGACCAGGAGUAGAGGACCAUUUUAAGGCCUCUGCUAGCCAUCGCCUUCCUGCCAGCCUGACCCCCACCCCUAGUCGUAAUAAAAUCGAACUGGUCUUUGUUUCUUA